AGUUUAACUUCUGUGUUACAGAGAGCAGCUGAAUUGGAGCCAGUCCCACAGAGAUAUGAUGAUGAUGAUCCAAGAAAUGAAAAGGUGUUUACCUGAAGAGAAAAGGAGUUCUAACAAACCCAGUACCAUCAGUGCUCUCAACUACGCCUUGCAGUGUGUCCAGCAGGUCCAAGCAAACAAUGACUUUUUCCAGGCUCUGAAUGACCGAAGAGUGUUUCAGACAGAUGUGGUGACAUACAGCAUAGAAGAGUUGGUGGCAGUUGCAUCUGAACACACUCCAAAAAACACUGACACGUUUGUGGCUGUAUUUUCUUUGCUGUCUGGACGCAUAGUGCAUAUUUCUGAGCAGGCAGCCUCUAUUCUGAACUGUAAGAAGAAAGUGUUGGACUCUUCCCGGUUUGUGGAGUUGCUUGUGCCUCAGGAUGUGAGUGUGUUCUACACACACACUGAUCAGUCUCACCUGCCCCUUUGGAACAUGGAAAGUCAAACAGCUUCUCCAUAUGAAUAUGCCCAGGUGAAAUCCUUUUUCUGCAGGAUCAGGGGUGGGAAAGAUCAAGAACAAGAAGCACGUUGUUACCCCUUCCGAAUCACCCCAUACUUGGUCCAUGUGUGCACUUCUGUCCGUGUGGAUGCAGAAUCCUGCUGCUUAGCUUUGGCUGAGAAAAUCCACUCUGGAUAUGAAGCUCCUCGAAUUCCUAUGGAUAAAAGAAUAUUCACCACCACACACACCCCUGGAUGUGUUUUUCUGGACAUAGAUGACAGAGCAGUGCCUUUGUUGGGUUACUUACCUCAGGAUUUAAUUGGAACAUCCAUACUGAUGUAUUUGCACCCAGAAGAUCGUCCUUUGAUGAUCACCAUUCACCGGAAAAUACUGAAAUUUGCUGGCCAACCCCCUUUUGAGCACUUACCUAUUAGAUUUUGUACUCAAAAUGGGGAUUAUGUCAUACUGGACACCAGCUGGUCCAGUUUUGUGAAUCCUUGGAGCAGGAAAGUUGUGUUCAUCAUUGGCCGACACAAAGUCCGGACUGAAAUACUGUUGGCUCUCUCCAGAAGCCCUCUGAAUGAAGAUGUCUUUGCCCCAAGGAGUAAAGAAACGAGCAGCGUGGAGAAAGAGAUAAGAGAAUUACAAGGACAAAUUUACAAACUGCUUCUGCAGCCAGUUCACAGCAAUGUUUCCAGUGGUUAUGGAAGCCUUGGAAGCAGUGGCUCUUAUGAGCACUACAUCAGCAUAGCAUCUUCAAGUGACUCCAAUGGGAACUGUGCAGAGGAAACACAGGAGCCAAUGACAUUGCAACAAGUUUGUGCAGAUGUCAACCGAAUAAAGAACCUGGGGCAGCAGCUGUACAUUGCAUCGAGGAGCAAGCCACAGAAUGCAAAUGAACAGGCUGUGAACUCAGAAGUUUUGGGAGGGAAGAGGCACACUGCUUCUUGUUUUCUUCAGACACUGAGAGGGGAUAGCACAGAAGAACCAGGCAAUACAUUUUUUGAUGAUCCAAAGAAGACUCCACAUGUUCCUUCCUAUCAGCAGAUCAAUUGUGUCGAUAGUAUCAUCAGAUAUCUAGAGAGCUGCAGUAUUCCAGCAUUGAAAAGGAAAUGUAAAUCUUCUGCAAAUACAUCAUCGUCAUCUUCAGAAGAUGACAAACAAGUCCAGCAAAGUCAGCAGGAAGUCAGGGCAUUGGAAGAUACUGCUAUGCUGUCAGCAGUUGAGUCCCACACGCCAAUAUCUGCUGGUCUGGAAGAGACGCUGAAAGACCAGACAACUGCAGGCAUGGUGGGAGCUCCUCUGGCAGACCUGACCCUGUCCAACAAGGCUCCAAGUGUCAUAUCUGUCACCAGCCAGUGCAGCUACAGCAGCACUAUAGUGCAUGUCCCACACCCUGAAUCAGAAGUGACUACAAUGGAGGAUGCUGCUGUUGGAAGUGAACAAAUUGAGCUGCCUCCUGUGAAUACUCAGAGUCUUGCAGUGCUGCCUGAGGACUUAAAGCCAGUUGGGCUAACAAAAGAGACAUUGUCAGCCCACACUCAAAAGGAGGAGCAGAACUAUGUUGACAAGUUCCGACAGAGGGUCUUGCUCUCUCCAUUUAGGACUUACCUUCAACAAGGAAGCAGAAGUAACAACAGACAUUCCUGUGGACAAGGCGAUUCCCCUUCAAAACAGAUCAGCCCAGCUAGCUGUAAAAAAGGAAAACAUGGAAAAUUCAAGCGCCAGAAACCUCAGAGACAGUGCUCAGAUAGCCACUCUUCUAGUAAAAAUAGAAAUAGUCUUCCAUGUGAGAAGAGAACAAAUCAGAACCAGUUGUUCUCUCCACCAGAAGUAUCCUAUCUGAGCUCCUCCAGCCUGAAUGUCCAUCCUCCUGUGGGAUUUCCUGCCUGUUCGAAUCCAGUGUCUACUUUUCCAGCCUCUUCUGAAGGAGAGCAGCUUGCCCUUCGCUCAUUACAACCUCAGUCCAUGUCCUCAUCACAGCUGUGCUGUGGAACACAGUCAUACCCAGUCCUUUAUCCCCCAAACAUAGGCUCAUUUAUGGCUGUAUUUUUUCAGGGUUUCCCCAUGUAUGCUCAGAUGCCUCAACCUCUCUUGCUCCCUAGCCCUCAGUGUGUUUAUCCACCCUCUUCAUAUCCAUGCACCACACUACCUCCAGCACCCCCUCCUUGUGCUCCAUCACCAGUAGCACCACACUCUGUGGAUCAGCCCUUUCCAGCCUCUCCUCACUCAUCCGUGGAGGACCAGCAAGAGGGCCAGUGUGACCAGGCCCUACUGCUGAGCAGCUCACGGAGCAGCUCCCCACUUCAGCUGAAUUUGCUUCAAGAAGAGCUGCCAAAACCUAUGGAGCUUUCCAUUAGUGCUGAUGUUAAGCCACAUGCAGAAGAUAAAUGCGAUAAUGAUCCAGAAGAUAGUGCUAACAGUGCUGCUCUUGAAUUUCCUGACCACUCGUUGUACAAGGAGUCACAGUUGGGUUCAGGUUCAGCAGCAUCAGGCAGUGGAUCAGCUUUAUCUGGUUCUUUAGUCUCUAGCUUCAACGAGACUUCUGGUCAUGGCACAGCAGGUAGUGGGAAAAGCAGCAAGUAUUUUGCCAGUAAUUACUCUUCUGAAGCUUCCAAAGAAGAGAAGAAUCAGGAAGCAGAAGAAAAAGGGACAGCUUAUAAAUCGAAACAUGAGUCAGCCUGGGUGAUGAUGGAUCACACAUCUGAGAGAGUUCUAAUGAAUUACCAAAUGCCAAACAGAAUCAAAGAGGAAGUUCUAAAGCAGGAUCUGGAGAAGCUGGCAGUCAUGAAAAAGCAGCAGCCUUGGUUUACAGACGGGCAGAAGAAGGAGCUUGCAGAGGUGCACUCAUGGAUCCGGACCCAGACUGUCCCCCUGCAAAUCAGCACCCAGGGCUGUGUUACGUGUGACAGCAGGGAAGCAAGUUGUGAGGCUGCAGUGGCUGAUGACAACAUGGAAAACAAGGGAGAGCCACCUCCAGUCCUGCCACGCUGAGGACAUCAGCACCUGUGUCAGUGCAACUGCUUGGUGUAAUUCCCACCCUCCUUCCCUCUGGCUUUGCUCCAUACCAGCAGUGAAUCUCCAUGGCCAUCUCUUACCAACAUGAGCAGUCACACAUGAAACUCAAUCUUCCUCUAUUACCCCUCCACUCCUGGCAUGACUCUGAAGACAAUCUUUCAGUGGGAGGCUGUUUCGCUUUCUGACCUCAUAGACUUGACACAGAAUGGGUUAUGUUUGUAACCUUUGACUGCUCAAAAAUGAGCAAAAUGCAAGGAUUUUUUUAGUUUGGCUGUUUGUUCUUUUGAAAUUGGCAAUUAAGUGUGAAAAGAUGCAGUGUUUAAGAACCUGUGGUGAUGAAUCUACUGUUCAGACCAUAUUUACUCUCCAAGUAUGAUGGACAAACUGAAGCCAAGCUACAAUACUCUUCAUUUUUGUUCAAUAUUUAAAGGUCUAAACUAAAGAUCCAAAUAUUCUGAGGCUCUGAAAUUGCUGUAUUUCAGAGUAUAAUGUAGCUGGUUUGAGAAUGCAAUAGGCUUUUUAAAGAGCAGCUGAAACUGGCCAGGUUAUUCUGCGUCAAAUGCCUUUUGCCAGCUUGUGCCCAUCAAAAAGAAGUAAACUGAAGUGAAAAGGAGCAUAUUUUUCCCAAUGUUUUUUGUGAUGUGGGUUUUGGAGUUGAGUUGUUUUACAGCUUUUGAUUUUAAAGCUGUUUUUAUCAAGACAGAUAUAUAAACUAAUUGAGGAUAACUGGUUCGCAAAUACACAGCAAUUAAAAAAAACCCAACCAACCCAAAAGUACUCAACCAGUUAAAAAGGCUCUGCUUUUUAAAAACAGACUCAUGGAAAAUUUUCUCUAUUGAGGCAAGUAAUUAUCAAUUAAAGUAUUUACAUGCAAUCCUUUAUCUUAUGUUGGUAGUGCUUGGGAAGGUGGGUUUGUAUCUUAAUGUUUUCUUUAUUGAGUGGUUAGAGGAGUUGAAACCAGACAUAAAAAAUAGGAAAUUAUUUAAGCAGUUUCUCUGAUUUGUUUUUGUUGUGGUGAUGCCAAAACCAAAAAGAAUUAACUUCAUUUCUUCUGCUUUCAAAACUCACAUGUUGUGGAGCUAAACUUGAACAUCAAACCACAUAUUCAUUAUUUCUUAGCACUGUUGACUUCCUGCAUAAGAUACAACCUCUUUCAUUGUAAUGGAGUCUCUGGCUGUUGAAAUCCAUGGGUGAAAAAGGAAUUUGUAGCUCAGAACGUGGUAAUCACUUUCAGUAUGUAAAAAGACUUGUUCUCAUUAAUGUCUCAAAGUGCUCUUCAAACAAGACAUGCUUGGCUAAAAACCUGGCAAAUUUUGUCUGAUUUCCUCUCUGUUUAUCAAAAGCUUGGAUGUAAUCAAAUUUUCCUCGUGGUGUUAUUAAUCACCUUAGCUUUCUCAGCAAAGAGUUUUAGGAUGUAGUAUGUUAUAUACCCUUUUGUUCUGUGUAAUCCUUUUGUUGCUGUGUGAAAUAUUUUUGUUGCUCUAGUUUCAGUUACUGGUAAGCUUCAAGG